AUGGGAAUUUUCCGUCAGGACUGUUGGUCACCCGAACUGAGAGUCAAAGUGAAAAAAGUUGUGGGGCAGUGUAGAGCCUGCGUAAUCGCCUUCAAGCCCCUAUUGAUGCAGCCACCACUGCCUCUGCUACCCAAAGAAAGAGCAAACCUGAGUCGCCCGUUCAAAUACGUCAGAGUGGACCACAUGGGUCCUAUCCAAACCACAGAGGGAGCAGGCCACAUCCAGCUCAUCGACUGUAUGACCACCAGGGUAGUAUACCUGGAGUUUUGCGGCAAUCUGGAAGCCGUAACCUUCAUCUUGGGUCUGCGACGAUUCAGCUUGACCCAUGGCACCCUUUCACUUAUCGUUUCGGACAACCACCAGAUAUUCCUGCAGGAAUUGUAUGAAGAGGACCACAUCCAGGAGUUCCUGAGGAGGACUGGCAUUCAGUGGCAUUUCCAGACACCCCAAGUACCAUGGAAGGGAGGCUUCUUCAAGAGGCUGGUAGGAGUAGUGAAACGCUCGCUCAAGGUAGCCUUCCAGAAGAAGUCCUUCCCGGAGCAGCACGUCCGGACGUUAGUGAAGGAGGCCAAAGCCAUGGUCAAUAAUCGACCACUCAUGUACAUUGGGGACGGGCGAGAGGAUCAAGUCCUCACACCCUCCCACAUGUUGCAAGGUUGCCUUAUCAAUCUUAUGGUCCCUUUACUCCCUCCAGAAGACUUGAACUAG